GCUGGAAGACGUCGGUUGGAGCCGAUGACUAAAAGGAGCGGAGACUAGCCGUCUCAUGCAGUUUGUAUGGCGAGAUUACACAUAAGAGAGCCAACACUUUCCAUUUCCUUCACUGGAGACCAAAUGCAGCCAUUUUAGCUAGAAACACGCAGUUCGUUUGCACGCCUGGCUUCUAAUUUUAUUUUGAAUUUCCAAACGCUUCUUUACCUUGGGGAGAAAGGAGAAUCUGAAGAAGGUCUUUGUUCACUAAAGCGGGAUUAAUAAUUAAAUGGUAACGAAGAACAGAUUUAACAGAAUCUAUUCCGUUGGAGGGGUCCUGACUCUUCCUCCCUUCUCCAGGUGAUGCCCUCUGAUUUCAUCUCGCUUCUCAGCGCGGAUUUGGAUCUUAAUUCGCCCAAGAGUUUGUAUUCCAAAGAAUCUGUGUAUGAUCUGCUGCCAAAAGAGCUGCAGCUUCCCACUGGUGAGAUCAGUAUUGCAUCAAUGAGUCAGAAAAGUGGUGGUGAGGCAACGUCUCCUCCUUCAGCAGCAGUUGCUCCAGAUGUCGUCUCCAGCAGUGGUCAAAGCAACACCUUCACCCCAUCUUCCAAUCCCAGCAUGUAUUCUACCUCAGUAACUGACAACACAUCUAUGCAAGUAGAUAGCUGCACUCCAGAACAGGGGGUAAGUGGCCAUGGGGUAAGUGAAUUACUGAGCUAUGAAAAUCAGUUAAGUAAUGCCCCACAGCUGCAGUCCAUGCCCAAAAGGAGGACAGUCCUCAACAUCUCUCCGCCACCUGAAGACUUGCUAGAUGACAGCCGGAUGUCUUGUCAGGAUGAUGGAGGUGACUCAGAGCAGAGCAGCAAUAUUUGGAUGGAUGAAUCAGGUUCGAAUUUCAGCAUUAUGAGUUCCAGUUCCUAUAAUGACAACACAACAGUGCCACGGAAAUCACGGAAACGUUCACCUAAACAACGACCAGGCUUUGUACGUAUAGAUGAUGAAGAGUCGAAUAUGGAUGUAUUUGAUGCAGACAGUGCAAAAGGACCCCAUUAUGUACUUUCUCAACUCAUCUCAGAAGGCAAAAGCAGCGCAAGGGGAAGCAAUGGAAUAACAGAGUCACAGAAAACUUCUUUAAAGAAGGGUCCAGCACUAAGUGGUCACUAUCCUGGUAAAAGUGAGGGCAAAGAACUCAAAGUACUCGUUCAACCUGAAACACAACACCGGGCACGGUACUUGACAGAGGGUAGCCGUGGUUCUGUGAAAGAUCGAACACAGCAAGGUUUUCCAACAGUAAAGUUGGAAGGUUAUAACGAGCCAGUGACCUUACAAAUUUUUGUUGGGAACGACUCUGGUCGAGUCAAACCUCAUGGCUUUUACCAAGCUUGCAGAGUCACUGGGCGAAAUACCACUCCUUGUAAGGAGGUGGAUAUUGAGGGAACAACUGUGAUUGAGGUCACCCUGGAUCCUGGAAACAGCAUGACGCUAGCGGUUGACUGUGUGGGAAUUUUAAAACUAAGAAAUGCUGAUGUUGAAGCACGAAUUGGUGUUGCAGGAUCCAAGAAAAAAAGUACGCGUGCACGGUUGGUAUUCAGAGUUAAUAUUAUUCGUGCUGAUGGGUCUACUUUAACUCUGCAGACACCUUCAUCAUCCAUCUUAUGCACUCAACCAGCUGGAGCACCCGAGAUAUUGAAAAAAAGCUUGCACAGUUGUACGGUGAAAGGAGGAGAAGAAUUAUUUCUGAUUGGAAAAAACUUUUUAAAAGGCACGAAGGUUAUUUUUCAAGAGAGUCAUUCGGAGGAGAAUAAUCCUUGGAAAGCAGAAGCUGAAAUUGACAUGGAACUUUUCCAUCAGAAUCAUCUAAUUGUUAAGGUUCCUCCAUAUCACAAUCCACACAUUACAUCACCUGUUUCAGUUGGAAUUUAUAUCGUAACCAAUGCUGGAAGGUCACAUGAAAUGCAACCUUUCACUUUCACCCCUGAUCCAGCAAGUUCCUCAGACGUAAAUGUGAAGAAAGAAAUUCCUGUCCCUCCAUGUUCUUUUGAAGAAACAAUGAAAGCUUCGGGAAUGAAAGUCGCAGGCUGUUCCUUGGAAGAAGUGGAUCUCCCUACUACUUUGUUAUCACCCAUACUGCCAUCAGUUGUGAUUAAGAAAGAGGCAACGACUCCAAUGGAUCAGACACCAUCUGCAGCUUUUGAAAGUCAAGAUAUGGGAGCAGGACAGCCACCUUUGGAAAUUUCUUCUAACGUCAAAGCAAAUGCGCCAUUUUCUGUAUCUGUAGCUCAUCAAGGGGGGGAUAGUGAACAGUGCCAGCAAAUUCAAUCGAGUAUGUUUUCAAAUACAGAAGCUUUGACAACUGUACAAAAACAAGACAUUUCUCAGCCAUGUGCUUUUCCAGCAUCUAAAUGUUCCAGCCAAGUCCAGAAUAAUGAAGGCUUGCUUCAACAAACAACCCAAUUUCACAAUGCUCACAUAUUGCUAGACUCAAGGGAGGUACAAACAAGAGAAGUUUUGCAGUCUGAUGCAGCAAAGAUAUCCUUAUCCCCAAUGCCCGACUCUGCGCUACAACAGAAACAGCAACAGCAACCAUCAACGACACAGACGCAGGCCCUGCAAGAGCAUUCACCAAACUUAUUUCAACCAAGUGGCAAUGUAUCUCAGUUGCAGAAUGCUUUGCACUCGAUGCAACAAAGAAACUUCCAAACAAAUGGUAACAGUGGCAGAAGUGACAAUGUUAGUAUUGUUCAACAAGCUCUGGAGGCAAGUCAGCAGCAAUUAACUUCUGUUUUAUUUACUGGAUCUAGUCCAUCUGAGACAAUGCAACAACCUGUGGAACAGGUACAAGACCAGAUGAAUGCAGAUUUAUUCCACCAGGUAAAUUCUAUGCAGAGCUCUCUCACGCAAGGUUUAUUUUCAAGUUCUGACAACACAUCGCUUCCUAGAUCAGAUAAUGUUCUGUCUGGACCUGAGAACUCAUUGUCCAAUCAACAAGUACUAGAAUCCUCGACAGGCAUUUUGAUGGAAAUGCAACAGAACAUAUGCCCUGGAACAGGACAACUCCAGUCAGACAUGUACCAAUCCUCUAAAGUAAUGAGUGCCCAGGGUUCUUUAAAUGGAACCCUCCAGCAAGGUGAUAUUUUUCAGCAGCCCACUCAUGCUAUGUCUAGUUUGCAGUCCAGUGAGGAAAACCAGCAUCAAAUAUCCCACAGUGCAAUGUUUUCACCUGCUACAACUGUUGCAGGGAAAGAAAACAAAGGAAAUCCUCAGCAACCAACUUCUUCCCCAAGUGUCUUUCAGUGCUCUAACACCAUGGUUACUGUGGAAGAGACCUCUGUGCAGUCGAACCAGAGACAAACCAAUAUGUUUGAGUCUAUUGUACAGAUGCAGCAGAGUGGAGAUAACCAGCCUCAAGUAACUUUGUUUUCUAAUACAGAUGGUAUGAUGCAUCUAAAAACUGGUGGCUCUUCACAGCCAUCUGGGAUUUUUCAACAGGGUGGGGAAAUGAUUUCAAUGCAACCUGGAAACUUCCUGCAGCAAUCACAUCCAUCAUCUGAAUUGUUUCAUCCACAAAAUUCUCUAAAUCAAGUUCAAGGUACAGGCCAUUCACAAGAAUCACAGUCUGGACUUUAUCAUUGCCCUAGUACUGUGCUACAACAUCAGAACAAUGCUGCUUCCCAGGAUCAAGUACAGUCAACAUUGUUCCAUCCUCAAAAUUCAAUGGCAGUUCUUCAAAGUUCUUCAAUUGGCCAAGACCAGCAACAAAGUGCACUCUUUCUUUCUCCAAACUCUUUGCCUUCACUUCAAGAUAGCAACAUUUCACAAGAAAAGCAACCGAUAAACUUCUAUUCACCCCAAAGCUCAAUCCAAGCACUCCAGAGUUCAGGAGAUUCUGAGCAGCAAUCCGUGAAUGUCUUUCAGACCCAGACACACAUGUCUCAGAUUCAGAGUACCAUGAUUCCUCAAGAGCAGCAACACCAACAACAGAGUCUUUUUCAACAUCAGGUCACAAUGCCCUCUCCCCAGGCUAACACUUCUUCUCAAAAUCAGCAGACAUCAAUGUUUCAGACCCAACAUUCAAUAGCUACUCUGCACAACAGCACUUCACCUCAAGAUCAAUCUCAGAAUGUUCUUUUUAGCUCUCAAAAUGCCAUUUCUCCAUUAAAUAGCAGCAUGACAUCCCGGGAGCAACAACAGAAUGUCCUUUUCAAUUCUCAGAGUACCAUGCCUCCAAUGAGUACAAAUUUGGCUCCCCAGGAGCAGCAAAACCAAACUCUCUUUCAUACUCAACCUAAUAUGGUGGCUGUUAAUCAAGAACAACAAUCAUCCAUUCAGUUCCAAAAUCAGACCACAGUUUCAACACUUCAAAACAGUGGAACAGCUCAGACGGAUGAACAACAACCAUCAGUUUUUCAUGGCCAACCUCAAAUGCAGUUAGUCCAGAGUUCAGGAGAUGCCCAAAGUCAGCAAGUCACACUGUUCAUUUCCCAGACUUCAAUGUCUGCAUUACAGAAUGAUAUAAAUCAACAAGAGAUGCAACAGUCCACUAUUUUUAAUCCACAAAAUAAUAUGUCUGUCCUUCAGACCAACACAUCUGUACCAAGUCAACAACAAAGUACACUUUUUCGCUCACAAGGAACUAUGAACCAGCUUCAAAGUACACCUGCACCUGCUCAGCAACCUACUGGCUUGUACUUGUUUGGAAUUCAAAAUGAUUGUGGACAGUUAAUGAAUAUAACAGAUGUAUCCCAGCCAUGUCCUACUGGACCAACAACAUUAUCUGAUCAACUGCUUGUGAUGAGCCAGCCAGGACAGGCACAGACUGAGGGACAAGCUGUUUCUACACUUCUCCCCCAGCAGAUGACUGACACAAGGCAACUGUCAUCAACCAUCACUACAGAAGAGAACAUGGAAAAAAUUGAUGACAUCCUUGUAACUUUACAGAACCAAGGAAGCAACAUCAGCCGAUCUUUUAAUCCAUAGAGUUUUGUACAAUGCCAGUUUAAGAAGAUAGGAAGAAAUACUGGACUUUGAAACUAGAAUGCUACUGUAUGAAGGGAACGCAGACUGCAUGAUUGUUCUAUGAAGGGAAACUUAAAGCGUUGAUAUUGCUUAUAUCCAUUUCAGCUUUUAAGCCAGUUCAUGUCCUCCAUUUCCAAACCUUUUGAGUACGUUAAUGCAAAUUUUUAAUAACUCCAUUACUUGUUAGCAUCUCACUCCAAAAGUUGUUAUCUUACAAAGUGCAAAUCUACAAUUAAAAGUGCUUUGGUGUAAUUUGAAUUAAGUAGUAUACAUUUAUGAUUCUCAAUAAACCCACAGUAAUUGUAGGUUAGCUAAGAAAUUGAGGAUGCUAACAACAAAUUAAAAAGUUUGUUAUCGCCAUCAGAAAAUGCAUGAUCUGCGUAUGGGCACCGUCCACAAAGCAUGUGAAUCCAUAGAAUAAUAAAAGGCAAUGCACUCUGGCAAACCACUUCAGAAUAUAGCACAGACUAGGAGAUAUAAAAGACUAUUCAUCUAGGCUAGGAUCCAUUCUAGCAAUAAUGGGAGAUAUUCAGCAAGUGGGUACACAUUUAUUUAUUUUAUGUAUUUUAUCUAUGCUGGACAUUUUUGAACAUCUAUAAUCCUAAUGGACAGUGAACUUAUACACAGGAUAUGGGAAGGUUAGCAAUCUCUCUAUAUUUCUCCAUUGGGUCUGCAGAGCUUAUUUUUACUGCCCUGCCGUAAGCGCAGGAAUGAGUCUUCAGUUGACUUCGUCCUAUUCUGUUUUACGUAGUAAACAUAGAAACAAGAGACCUUACCUUAUGUUCCUAUCAGGAAACAGUGCUCACCAAAUCCAUGAAUAUAUAACUAUUGCAAAAAUUGGAGCAGCUUAGUCCACCUGCAUGGAAUAAAUGGCAUCAUUGAUGUGAGUGACAUGGCAGGCUCUGUGUUGAGAUAUUAUACACACUAGUUUCUGAAGCAUCAUGUCAGAUUUAGCUGUAGUUAUUACUUCCAAUUCUGUUUUGAACUAAGUGACAGCUCUCUUGAUUAUUUUCAUUGACAGUACAUGUAAUGAUUCAUUAGCCCAUAAAGGGAAAAUAACUUUUUCUGUCUCUACCCAGAGACUGUUAAUUUUAAACCAGAGUCCUUUUAUAUCUGUGCUCACUGCCUGUAGCCUGCUCCAUCCGCAUCAUAAAGUUAUCUUCUUAACAGCAAUCAAAUAGAUGACUUUUCCACUCAUUAACAGAGGAUAGUCUAUCAGGCAGCAAUUAAGGAAUCAGUUACUUUGGUUGAACAGGUCUACGUUGUUACUUCAUUCAAAAAGGACCUGCAAAUUCCUUCUCUUGUUUGCUGGUUAAUCUGAAUUUUAGGGUCAUCGAUCCACCUGAUGUGUUAUUUAAGAAUUAGGAGGCAUGGUUUAAUAAAACUUUCAAGCAACACUAUGCUAUAGUUACUGAUUAGUCUGUAUUCACUUUUACAGGAUUGCAAGCAUAGGAGCAAUCACUGUUUUUUUUAAUGUAAACAAUCUCAUAGAGACCCACUAGCUGGGUUGUCUGCUGUGGAAAUACGCGCUUGGACGAUUUCGCCCAUGUUCACUUGCAGAGAUUGCUAUCUACCUUGUUUCUGGAUGAUGAGCUUGAAUGUAUCAUUGCCACUUAACAAAUAAAUAUGUUUCAUACUGAUUUGAUUUGGACCUCCAGGAUUGACAUUGAGUAAGUGGGCAUCAUGUCAUCUGUAUUCACCUAGGUGGCAACUGGAAUUAAACCUAUCAGGAGAUUUCUAGUAACCAUUCAGUAAUUCAAGGGGUGCAGUUUCUUUAUUUGGAACCUCCCACCCUAAUCUAAGUAAUUGGUGCCUUGUUUUUUUAGUUUAACCUUCCUGAGUACCAUUCUCCUUAUCGAGAUUUUUCUUUUGAAAAGAGGAGGGUAAUAGCCCUCAUUGUUAUUCAGUUUAGGGGAUUGUGUGCUUGGGGUACUGUUUCCGAUAGGGCUCAAAUCUAGCAAAACCCUCAGCCUAUUUGAAGAAAAUUUUAUGUUUUUGUUUCUCUGAUACUGUGAGAUUCCCAGUAUUAACUAGUGCCACUGAAGAAGUUCCUUAUCUUACUCAGUUACUUUCAUUUGUAAUUGAAUUAUAAAUAAGUUGCCCACUAUAUGCAAGAUCUCGUUCUCAAUUUUAGUAACUGAACAUUGAUAGAGGCCAAAUACAUGAUUAAAAAUUGUGUGCCUGAGAGGAAUUCUGAAACUAAGUGCAACAAUCGUGGUGAUGAAAGUGAAAUCGUUUCUUGUAUAAUCUCCCGAUUUAUUACUUACGCGUUGUAAAUUAUCUGGAAGCCAGUGCAAUUUUUAGAUCAUUGGGAACAUUUUCCCCUGAAAUCUAAUCUCAACAGCUAUUUGCUGUUAUAUACUUGUAACAGCUAACCAAAAAUUAAAUUUGGAUUUUGACAGUGUUAAGCUUAUGAUGUUAAUAUGUAUCAGAAUUUGAAUAUAUUCCAUAACUUUAUACUUUCCUAAUUUAAAAUAAACCUGUAAAAGCUACUUGAGUAUUAUACAGAUUUAAUGUAAAUAUUACAUUUUUGGGACAGUUGAAAAUAGAUUAACAUCAUGAUGUCAGUAUUAUGUUACAGGUGGCAAGUCAGGUUUCCUUGGUGCAAGGUACUUCUACAGCAAUUUCCUGAAGUGACAAAAUACCUGAUUAGGGACACUUGGCCUAAAUCUAACCACCCUCACUAAAAAAAAAUCACAAUUUUCUGUAAAAUUUAAUUAUUUGUCAACUUUACCAGAAUUUAUUGACAAUUACUGGUUCCUAGUGCGACUGAAUAAAUGUUCAUCCAUGCCCAAUAAUUAAAGUGAUUAUCUCAAUAGAGUGUGGAUAUGAUUGUACAUUUUUUAAAAAAGACAAACAUAUCUUUGUGAAGCAGAAAUGGAUGUAAGACAAUACUUGAGAGGUCUGUAUAUUUACCAACAAAAAAGCUUUGUUUUUACUUUUUUGUGGCACUCUUGUUAGCACUUCUGGGAUGAGCUGGAUAAUGUAAGUGAAGUAACUAUUUUUCCUUCUGGGAGUAUAAAACUCUUGAGGGAAAAUUUUGGCAAAUGUUCUUCACUAGUGAAAUAUCCAGCACUUUAUUCAGCUAAUAUUGUGACCAGUAAUUCCCCUUAAUAUUUGUGAUAUUUUUCAGUCAAUUGUCCACUGUACAACUUAAGAGUAUUAUGUGUAUAAAAUUGUUCUGUUUACUGUAAAUAUUGAAACUAUUUUCUUACUGUGCAUAUUUUGAACCGUGCAAAAACAAAAGAUAAGCAGCUACUUCCCUUCAUUGAGGAUGUUUUUGGUAGUACAGGCUUGUUCUGAAGGGAGCUUCAGUUGCCUGACCAGCUUUUGGGUCAGUUGUUUUAAAUGCAGAAUUUCUAUUCAGAUUUGUAUGGUUUAUAUCUAUUGUAAGUUUCAUUUUUUGGAAAGGUUCAUUUUUUAUAUAUAUGUGUACAUGUAUAUAUACACACAAAUAUCUAUGAAAUGGUAUAAUAUUUUGUUAUAUGUACUAACUGAGUACAAUCAAAUGAUAACUUUACCACAUGUUUUUGUGGUAGCUGUGUGAAACUGUCAAAAUUAGUUCAAAAUGGCAUCUUUACUACCGUUUUUAACUGAUUUAAAUACUUGUUUUCAAAGGAAAUCAAAUAUUUAUGGGGCAUACUGUGAAGUAAUAGGGCUAAAUGUAUAUUAAAUAUGACUUUUCAUGAGAAACCACAAACAGAUAAUGCUGAAUGAGAAAGUAUUCUUUUUUUUGAUUUUAGCACACCGAAAAUCAGAUUUAAAAAAUUACGUAGAUGUUCACUAUUUAUACUGAGUACCAUUUUGUCAUGUACUAUUCUGAUUCUAUUACUGCCUAUUAUCAUGGGAGCAUGCAGUGGUAGCCUAAAUAUGUAAAAAUGAAUUCAUGUUACUGGCUUAAAAAAACCUGAAUUUAAAGUGCAUUGUUAAUUCUUCACAUUCAUAUUAAGAUUUAUGACUGUCUGUCUGUAAUCUUAUUUUUGUUCAGCAACAUCCUAUUCAAUUUAUAUUAUUGUAAAUUUCUCUAUGCAGUAAUAUAACUUCAGAUCACAUUUGUUUCUUACCGCACGUCAAAUUAGCAUUAAUUUUGCUUUUUACUGAGUAUUUUUAACAAAUGUAAUUGAAUGAUAAGAUGAACUAUAAAUAUUUUAGAUUAAUAUUACAAAAUGUUGAGUUUUAUUUGAUUAUUUUAUAUUUAAAAGACAUCGGGUAGCUAAAACUGAAGGUACUUUUUUUUAAAAUGGAUCCUUAAAUACACAGUUAAGAGGCUUCUAUCAGGAAGCUGUUUGUGUCCUCCUUGUCUACUCCCAGCUUUUCAACUUACUUAUUCUGUUUUGUCAGAAUAAAUCUAUAUAUUUAAUUCAUCCAUAUCCACAGGUUGCAACUUCUGGUGAUUAAACCAACAUAAUUGUCAGACUUGUGGAACAAACAAACUUAACUAACAUGCUUCCAAUUGCAUGAAUUUUUAAUUAAAAGCUAAUGGAUAGGAAAUCUGGGUACAAAUAAUUUUAGUGUUCAUGUAGUCAGGGAGCCUAAAGCAACACUGUUAUUGCUUGCCUGUCUUUCAUUAUCCGUCAUCUUACUGGUAUUGGUCAGCUUUGGAAUGCCCUGUUCAGUAAUUGAAGAUUGUAGUUUGCUCAGCUGAUUUUAUCUGAAUACUUUUGUACUGUGUUGAAAGAAAUUGGAAUGUCAUUCUUGUUUUUGCACACUGGAUCAUUGCAAAUUUAUUAAGAUUUUAUUUAGUUUUGAACUUUAAAUGGAAUUGUUUUUCACUAAAUGAGUAUUUAGGGAUAAAGUGAGGGUGACAGGCAUCUUGUGCAACAAGAUAAGGAUUAUUAACAGAGCUUCCAUACCUGGAAUAUUUGGUAGUUUGAUUGAAAUAAAGCUUUGUUGCUAAACAGUUGACUUCUUAAGACGUCCAGUAGUUCAAUGGAAGAUCUGGAACAUUAUUGCACCCCUCUAAUAGACAGUAAUUGAACCAGAACUUUGCACAAGUUAUCAGCUUUUAUGGAAAUGAGAGUUUUAGUACUGUUUUUUCAUUUGAAACUUAUUUUUAUGUUAUUCCAUAAUAUUGAUAUUUUAUGUUGUGUGGUUUAUUUAGAAAGUUCACAUGGCAAGUUUACUGAUGCCACAUUUUCAAUACUUACAGAUCACCAAAUUAGCUUAGCCCACUGUUUUGUUUUUGCUUCCUUUAAGGUCACCCCUCCACUUUCUUUAUUUUUUGCACAAUUUUCCUUUACAUGUUCCUGAUAAUGACCUUUUUUUUAAAAUAGUGCUGAUAUUCCACAUGCUAAACGUUAGUGUAGAAAUACAAGAAGCCCUUAUGAUUUGACAGUAAUUUUUGACAUUCUUGUAAUAAUGAAGCUCGAUUUUUAUAUAUGCUUUUUAAUAAAAAGUUGCAUUUCUGUCAUGGUUUGUUUCAUUUUUAUUCUUCUCCUGUAGGUUACUUAGCUUCACCCACCUGAAAAAGCUUGGAUGUGCACAGCACAUCACCAAUCUUGUGAUUUUGCUGGGUUUAUACAAAAAUCACCUAUUAUAAGCAACAAAAUUCACGGCCAUUUGGUCUAGACCCUAGUUGCCCUCAUGCCUGUUAGUUUUAAGGUUGAGAAAAUUUAAUGUAAUUUUUUUCUGAUAUAUAACUCAAUCUGGCAUACAAAUCUGCCUGGUAAAAGUAAGCAAUUUCUGGCUUUUGAAUAAUCUAGAAGGCAUUACUGAGGCCGGGGAACAAGCUGUUUUUGGAUGGUGGGGUGGUGCUGUUUGCCGCUGAGAUUGUUUUGACAUAAACCUUUAUCCCAAUCCAGAUUCAUCUUCAGCAAUUUCUUGGGGGGAAAAAAAUGCCUAUUGUAUUUGUAAUCAAUGAAGACUGGUUUUGCUCAUUGUUAAUUGAGGGCAACAGAUAUUAACCUUGUCUCGUCACAACUGUAGGAAUAAUGCAGACUGAAAUGUUUGCGCAGACACUACUUCCAGUACUUUUAUCCAAAAGUAGGUAUAGGAAAGAUCAAGUCCACAAUUUUUUAAUCCUAAAAUUAGUGCACUUUGUUUAAGAAUAGCACAGCUAUUUAAAUUUGCCCAUAAUAGAUGAAAUCUGCAUAUUUUUGUGAUUUCUGCGGUAUUCAAAUGUAGUAGAACAUGGUUUUCUGCAAAGUAUGAGGAAUGUUGAAUAUUUUUGCAGUAGAUUUCUUUAGGUAAGUUACAGAUAGUGUAUUGCACUUUUAGAUCAGUAGAUGUUCUGAUCGAGCACAGCAUAUAUUCCAGUACCCUGUGUAAUUUGGUAUAUAAUGAAAACGGUAUAUAAUCAUCAGAAAAGAUGUAAUGUGUAAAUUAAGUGUUCAAAAUUUAUUUAGCAAAUAAGCAAGAAAUGUUGUUCUAGACAGCUAAAUUGAGCCUGCGAUGCUUUUGUGUUGACUCUUGAUACAGUUAAUAGUUGACUUUACUUCAACCUUUGUUUAUCAAGAUGUUCUCCAUUUUUUUUCUUGUUUUCAUGUCUCUUUCACUCUUUCAUCGCCAAGGCAGAGUUUUGUCUCAUAUUCACUAAUACUGCCAAGUGAAGACUGUGAAAUAAUAUAGGUUUUUUGUAUGGACAGAAACAUGGAUAUGAAAUGCCUCAUUAAUGUUUGAUUUCACUUCACAUUUUUAAAGAAAUGCUUCGGUGAUAAUGUGCUUAAGUUUUUCUUUUAAAGAAUUGUUUCGUAUUUGGAUGAAGUUUAUAAAGCAAUAAGGAAAAUACUUUGGAUGCUGGAAAUCUGACAGAAACAAAGCACUGAAAAUACUCAGUAGGUCUGGCAGCAAUUGUGGAUAGAGAAAUAGAGUUAAUAUAUCUUUUGAGUCAAAUUUGAACUAGUAGGUGAAUCAGUAAGGCUGCUCUGGGAUAUGUUUCUGCAAUCAACAAAUUGGAAACCAGUUUGAGUCACCAAAACUACGUUGCAGGAGAGCUCCAAGUAUCAUGAAUUUCAUUUUUUAAAUGAGACAUUCAAAUAUUUAAACAGUGUUAACUUUACAGAAGGUUUUGAUACUUCAUUAUAACAACUGAUUCAUGACUAUUUAAAAAGUUUGCUAUAAUUAAUUACAUCAUUAUAUUAGCAGUUUUUGAAAGAACUAAUGUAAACACACUUCCUUUUAUUGUGAUACGACGGCUAAUAAUGCAAAGUGUUGUCUUCAUUGUUAUUUGGAAUAUUAGCAGACCAUGCCUGCUGUUUCUAAUCUAAUCCCACAUUCCACUUGUGAUGCUGUAAAUUUGUUUUCCUUAAGUUUGCAUCGAAUUUGCACUCAUUGCGUAAAAGUUUAUUUAUUACAUCCCCCAGCAUCUCUUGCCCAAUAAUGUAAAUCUGUGUCCCUUAUUCUUUACCCAGCCAAUGAAUGGGAACAGUCUUUGCUUGUGCAUCUUGUCUAAGCCUCUCGUAAGAUUUACUAAAUAUAAUUCACUCCAAGGAUAUACCCUUAAUAACUCAAAUCCCAGAAACCUGGAACCAUUCUGGUGCAUCUCCUCUGCACCUUCUGAAGGAUCCUCAGUGUUCUUAAAAUUUGGUAAGCAGAACUGGACACACUACUUUAAAUAGUGUUUUUUUUAAAAUAAAGGCCCAAUUUCUUUGCUUUUGCACUCAGACUUAUGAAGUACAAGUUUCACUCUGUGUGCCCUGCCACUUUCUGUGCACAUGAACUCACGGAGCCCUCUGCACUUGCAUAACUCUUUAGACUUGAUUCCACAAAUCAAAAAUGCUUCUCCUUAUUGCUUCUGCAUACAUUACCUCACACUUGUAUCAAAUUCCAUAUGUUUCUUGUCUGCCCAUUUUGCCAGUGUGCCUUGUUAAUUGAAAUCAUCCCCACCGAAAGCUAUUUGCCACUCGCUGUCCAAAACUCAGGCACUUGCCCAGUAUCAACCAAAAUUUGAAAGAUUAUGGCAAGCCUUUCAGCUCGUUCUACCCUCAUUCCGUUAGUGACCUGGAAUGUGAGCGAUCAGGAUCAAGUGACUUACUAACUCACCACAAUUAGCCCUUCUAGCUGCUCAUGCCUAACAAUUUUCAUGCCGCUCAUUACCUCUAUUAUCCCCACUUCUGAUGUUUUGUCAGCAUCUUCCACUUUACUAAACACUGGAUAAGAGUGCUGUAAUUAUUCCUGCCUGACCCGGAGCUCAAAACACACAUCACCCUCUUUGUUCAUAAAAAGGCCAACCCUAUUAUCUCUUACUAUCCAUUUGCAUCCUAAUAGAAGUUUUUGUUCCCUUCUAAUAUUAGUUGCCAUUUUGUUCUGAUUCUUUACUCAGCCAGUUGUAUAUCUCCCUUCAACUUAUUUUAUUUAGCCUGAUUGUUGCUUGAAGCAUUCAUUUGAUGUGUAUAAUACAGACUUAUUUUUGUUUCAUCAUAUUCCCUUUUCCCUCAACCUCCAUAGAGCCCUGAAUCGAGAUCUUAUAACCAUGUGAGUUCCACUUAAGGCUGUUCAUUGCUUUUCUGCAUUUCUAAUCCAAGCCUUGUAAUAUGGUGAUCAUUAAAUCAAAUGUUUGUCCAUAUGCAAUUAGUUCAUCCAAAUCCCUAACACAAGAUCUAGAAAAGCGUAUCGUCAUGUUGGAUGGAGGGCGUACUCACCAAAGAAGUUUUCCUGCAUCCUUUACAAAAAUCUUAUCCUCAAUCCUGAUUUCCAUUUAUCUGUCUCUUUCUCACUAUUGUAAGGAUCAUCAUAGCUUUCUUGUCUGUCAACUGCAAUCAUGUAGACUGUCAAGGACGACAACAACUUUCCAACAUUCCAUAAUUGAACUGUACUGCCACAACUCUUCCUUUUUGCCUUUGCCAAAUAUUAUUUUCUAACACUUUCUGAUUCCCUGUUCUUUGCUUUUGAAAAAUUGUGGUCCAUGUUGAAUAUGAAAUGUAAAGUUACUGACUUGAAGGAAUACAAAUGCUUACUAUACAUGCUGAAAGCGUAACAUUGACAAGAACUUGAGAAAAUAGGGUUGGUCAUGUGAUAUAGUUUUACUCCUCCCUCAUUAUAAGAUGAGAUACAAAUCUCUGCAAAAUUGUUGAAUGCAGAACUGAACAGAGGAAAUCUCAGCUGGAAGACAAAAGAACUGCAAGUAAAUUUUGAAAACAUUAUUAUUUCAGGUUGGUGCAGAGAUGGUAACCGGUCUUUUCUCUUUUCAAGUGCUGACAGAAGCUCUGUUUAAAGUUAGAAGUUUUAUUUUGAAUUACAGAAUUUCCCAGCCAAUGAUAAUGAAAACAUCGGCUAGUUUCCAUCUGAGGUCAUAUUUCAGCACCUCUUAUGUGUAACUACAGAGUAUUUUUGGUGGAGGUUUGAGAAGUCUCAGACCUUCUUCUGGUCCUUUGUCGGUGUACUGAAUUCUAGUACCUUUCAAGAGUUAUCACAGUUGAUCAAAAACAACAUUGUGCUCCCUCAUCCAGACACAUGUUGCCAGAAAAUGUUUUUAAAAGUAUAAGUAUGGCUUUGUUAUCCAAUAUAUACUCACUAUAUAAUUGAAACAACUUGUUACUUUUUGCAAAAUGAGUCCUUUUAAAGUUUUCCUGCUGUGAUUUAAAACAGCACCAAAUUAUAUCAUUGUUAUGCUUCAGUAAUAGUUACUAACAGCACUGACAUUGGUGGUUUGGGAGAACAUUAUUUGCAUCGGUGUUUAAUUGUUGAAACUAAGUGUAUUUUGCUUUUGUUGGGACUUUGUAUACUUUGACAAUUAUAUUUCUGUAAAUUACUAUCUAAACAAAUAAAAAGUUA